AUGAAGAUCGAGCUUGCAGCUGCUGCAGCCAUUGCGGCUUCUGGCGUCGUUGCUCAGUCAUCGUCUGCCCCUAUCACCUCUGCUGCAGUCAGCACUUCAACUGCAUCACCAGUCUACGUCACACUGACAAUCGAUGACUGCGAUACUACUGCUCCUCCACAAAUGGUCACCGUGACCAAUGGAGUCACACUUACCUACUGUCCCAAGUGCGAAGAGGCUUCAAUGUCCUCUGCCGCCCAAGUCACUCCUUUCACCACAAUCUGGACAACGACUUAUCUUUCUCUCUGCACAACUGGUACAUCUCCUGGUAUGACACCAGUCGUGUAUACCGUCACAGAAUCAUGUACCGAACCUACUCCCACCUGGACUCCUGGUCCAAGUUACGUUCCUCAAGGCUUCACAACCACUGAAGUCGUCUGCCACCAGUGCGCCGAAACUCCUCAAACCUACACCGUCACACAACCUUGCGAUUGCAAGCCUACUCCUGCUCCUGCACCUGCCAACCCUACUGGCUCUUCAGGAGGCAAUGACGGCAACGGAGGAAAUGGAGGCAACGGCGGCAAUGGUGGUUUUUCUGGUCCUGGUGGCAAUGGAGGCAAUGGCAGUAAUGGCGGAAACGGAGGCAAUGGAGGUGAUGCCGGCCCUGGAGGAAACGGCGGCAAUGGAGGUAAUGGCGGCAAUGGAGGCAAUGGAGGUUCCUCCAGCCCUAGCGGCUCAAGCCCUGGCGGCAAUGGCGGAAACGGAGGUAACGGCGGCAAUGGAGGGAACGGCGGCGAUUCUGGUCCAGGAGGCAACGGAGGAAAUGGAGGCAAUGGUGGAAACGGUGGCAAUGGAGGUGAUGGCAGCCCGGGCACACCUGGAACCUCAGGAAGCUCUCCUCAGCCUGCCAACAACCCCCCUGCUGGCAACGUCGUCACUCAGAUCAGCGAUGGUCAAAUCCAAGCACCUACUGGUAACCCUCAACCAGUCACCCAAAUCUCCGACGGCCAGAUUCAAGCCCCUACUGGCGGUGCUGGACGUCCUGAAGGCCCUGCUACAACUCCUGCUGCUGGCAACAACGGCUCAACCACUGCUACCGUUCCAUGCCCUGGACCUCAAUGCAAGCUCUCGACUGCUGCAUCACCAAGUAGCCCUGCAGCUGCCUCGACCAGCCCAGUUACCUUCACUGGUGCUGCUUCAAGCUUCAGUAUCAGCGGCGUCUUUGCAUCGCUGAUCGCAGUCGCUGCUGCUGGAUUUGCCGUGCUUCUCUAG